AUGUCUCCGUCGAGCAGCAGAGACACCCCAGACCCCAAGCGAGAGAGGAGUAGGAUCGCUCAGCGCGAAUAUCGCAAGCGGCAUGCGUCCAAGUUUUCCAGUCUCAAGGAUGAGAACCGGAGGCUUCGGAAUGCUCUCAAGAAGAUUGAUCGGAUAGCUUCGCAGCGCGCACGCCAUGAUAGAGAGCUUCAGGCUGCGCUGGCAGAGGCGAGAGAAAUUGCGGACAUUGAGGGUGAUGAUAGCAGCGCUCUGACACGGGUGCCCUCUCCAUCACAAAGAACCAUCACCCCUGCAAGACAAUCGUCAACAAGAGCCAUGUUUAAUGCUCAGCCGGCUUUCUUCAGCGUCGCAAAUGGAAACCACCUAAACGUGCAAGCUCUUGGGCUGCCACAGCAAGUAUGGCUCGAUACGGACCGUUUGGUGCGUAUCUAUGAGGCCCCCAUGGAUGCGGCGCAGUAUCUCGGGGAUAACCUCUUUACCUUUGCAGGGGCGUUGUACUGGGCCUGCACAAAGAAUACGGUUUCUCUUUGGCAGGCGAAACAGCUGAGCUUGAUGGGAAAGGUGGCGCGCACUGAGUCAAACCUUGACCGAUUAUUCAACCACUCCAAACAUCUCAGCGAUCAUGACUUUUUAGUAUCUAUGGCGCUUGCAAGGUUAGAGUAUCACCAAAAGGGGUACACUCACCUUCCGCCUACCGCAACCCAAGCGCAAUGGGACCAGAUCGUGCCAGAUCUGUCCAAGAAGAUUGAGCGGGACUAUGCUGAAAGGGGGGAGACGUUGGAGUGGUGGAAGACUCCCCGUGAAGUCGAGGCGUUUGUGAAGCGCCAUCUGGAACCCGAAGAAAUCGUCGAGUUACAGGCUCUGAUUGAAGGCCGGGGAACAGGGGCUUCGCUUGCCAAGUAUACGCCAUUGGUUGAAGCGUUAGUGCAGAGUUUUGUGUGUUUUGGGGAUGGACCGCGGUGGAAUAUUCUUUGGGUGUCGAUGAUGGUGGGAGGAUGGCGUACACAUCAAGAAGAUGAGGCUCGGGCUCGGGCCCAGUCUCAGGCACAGACUGUGGAAUAG